AUGUCUCUGUCCCGCCGCAUCCUCACCACCACCCGCCUCCCGGGUCUCCGCGUAACGUCAUCGAUACGCUGUGAGUGGAGUCCCAAACCACUCGCUCGAUCACGAGAUAUCCGACACUUUCAAAGCUAUCGGCGACUCCUCGAGGCUCCUCGAAAUCCAUACAAGGAUGAGGAGAGCGACAGCAAAGCCCCGACGAUAGUGAGAGGUGCGAGUAAGGUUUAUAAGAAUGCUGAUGAGGCGGUUGCGGAUAUUAAGAGCGGGUCGACGAUUUUGAGUGCGGGGUUUGGGUUGUGUGGCACGGCUGAAACAAUCAUUGAAGCAUUGGAGAGGAGAGGAGUCGAGAAUCUUCAUUCUUUAACGGCUGUUUCGAAUAAUGCCGGUGCAUCGAUUCCAGGAGGACUAGGUGCAUUGACGCAAUCGGGACAAGUAGAUCGAUUGAUCUUGAGUUUUAUCGGGAGUAAUAAGGUUCUGGAGAAGAAAUAUCUAGAGGGAAAGAUUGCUAUUGAGUUAUGUCCACAGGGGACCAUUGCGGAGAGAUUGAGGGCCGGUGGUGCUGGAAUUCCGGCAUUUUAUACGCCUACUGGUGUUAGUACGUUAUUACAGACUGGAGGUAUUCCUACUAGAUUGGGUCCUCCAGCAGAAGGAUCAAAAGAGAACACCGUCUUAGAAAAAGGACAAGUUCGAGAAACCAGAGAAUUUGACGGCAAGACCUAUUCCAUGGAGAAAGCCAUCAAAGGAGAUGUUGCAAUCUUGAGAGCAUGGAAAGUCGAUGAAGCAGGAAACUGUCAAUUCCGAUACACCACCAGAACAUUCGGACCCCUCAUGGCCAAAGCGGCAAAGGUCGCUAUUGUCGAGGCUGAAAAUAUCGUCCCGGUGGGCUCGAUAGAUCCAGCGAAUGUUCAUCUCCAAGGAAUCUACAUUGAUCGGAUUGUUCCAGCGACCGUAGCUAAGAAACUAGAGAUGAAGAAAACGCGUGCGCCAGACGGCCAGAAAGAAGAUAUAUCGAAGAAAUCGGCGGCAAGCAUUAGAAGAGAUAGAAUUGCGAGGAGAACAGCAAAGGAACUCAAAAAUGGUUAUUAUGUCAACCUUGGUGUUGGUCUACCAACUCUUGCACCUUCUUUCUUAUCUCCCGAGACCAAUGUUUGGAUUCAAUCCGAGAAUGGAAUCUUGGGCAUGGGAGCAUAUCCAACAGAAGAAGAGGUUGACCCUGAUAUCAUCAACGCCGGUAAAGAAACCGUCACACUCGUACCCGGAGCAUCCACCUUCGACAGCGCCGAGUCAUUUGCCAUGAUCCGCGGUGGCCAUAUCGAUGUAUCGGUUCUCGGAGCACUCCAAGUAGGCGCCAAUGGAGAUUUGGCAAAUUACAUGAUUCCCGGCAAGAUCUUCAAAGGAAUGGGCGGAGCAAUGGAUCUCGUCUCCAACCCCGACGAAACCAAAAUCGUCGUCGCAACCGAACAUGUGGCUAAAGAUGGAAGCGCAAAGAUCGUGCAAGAUUGUAGUUUACCGCUGACGGGAGCGAAGGUUGUUAGCACGAUUAUUACUGAUUUGUGUGUAUUUGAAGUCGAUAGAGUGAAUGGUGGGCUCACAUUGACGGAAUUAGCGCCGGGUGUGGAGGUUGAGGAGGUGCGACAGAAGACAGAUGCUAAGUUUGAGGUUGCGGAUGUUGUGAAGAGUAUGGAGUGA